AUGGCCUAUUUCCCGUCCCCCUCCUUCCCUCUUCCCUCCCCACCCCUUCCCCCCUCCCUCUCCCCUCCUUCCCCCCUCCCCACCCCCCCCCCCCCCCCCCUUCUUCCCCGCUCUUUCCCCCUUCCUUCCCCCUUCCCUCCCCCUUCCUUCCCCCUUCGUUCCCCCCUCCUUCCCCCCUCCUUUCCCCUCCGCCUCCCCUCUUCCGCUUGUCCCUCAUUCCCCCCUGACCCUUUUUUCAGGAACAUGAGAGGGUGGUUUGCUGCUAAACGUUAUGCACCCCUCAUGACUUCAGCUCUCAUGACUCCUGCUCUCAUGACCCCGGCUCUCCCCUCAUUUUCCUGCUCUCCCCUCGUCGUCCCCGCUCUCCUCUCAUCGCCCCCGCUCUCCCCUCUUUUUCCUGCUUUCUCUUCCACUUCCUUCCCCCUUAUCUCCAUCCGCUGGCCCCUUGAUCCCCCAUCUCUCUCCCUCCCCGAUUUUUCCUCCACCUCUUCACUCACCCUCAUCUCUCCUCCCUAUCUCCGCACUCCCCCCCAUUCACCUUCCUACUCUUCUCUCCCCCCCCCAACCCUCCCCCCCCGAGUUGCAAUAUCAGCUGCAGCAGCAUCUCGCGCUUACAAUCUUCUACCCCGCAUUUUCCUCCCCUCCCCUCUCCCCCCCACCCCCCACCCACCCCCCUCCCCCAUUAUUUCCCCUCAUCUCCCUCACCCCACACCUACCUUCCCACAACCUAACCACCCCGCAUCCACCCACGGCCUCCCAUCACCUUUCCCUCACUCACUCCUCAUAUUCCGCCGCCCUCCCCUCACCUUCCCCUCUCACCUCCUCAUCUCUCCCACUCACUCACCCCUCAUCUCAUGCUUGUCAACGCUCCCACCCUCCUCUGCUCCUCUGCUAGUCUUCCUCACUCCGCUCCCUCAGUGCACAUGCAGAGCGCUUGGUGCCGGAUCAGAUGCGUGCCAACGCUCCCAACUUCCUCUGCUCCCCUGCUACUCAUCCACGCCCCACUCUCUCAGUGUGCAUGCAGAGCGCAUGGUGCAGGCAUGA